AUGGCUUCCACCAUCCCGGACACCAUGAAAGCCGUGGUUAUCUCCUCGCCCGGCGCACCCUUUACCCUCAAACAAGUCCCAGUCCCCCAACCCACGCACGGCGAAAUCCUAAUCAAGGUUCUCGCCUGCGGCGUCUGCCUCUCCGACUACUUCGUCCAGCAGGGAGCCUUCGGAACCUUCCCACGCAUACCCGGGCACGAGAUUAUCGGCGUUGUUAUAAAGACGAGUGAAGCUAUCCAAGGAAUCGGCGGUCUAGGACACUUGGCCAUACAGUACGCGCGCCGCAUGGGGUUUCGCACUGUCGCAUUGUCAACGUCCGAUUCGAAGAAAGACUCAGCGAUGCAGCUUGGCGCGACGGAUUACGUGGAUACCAGUAAGCAAGAUGCGGCUGCGGCACUGCAGGAUAUGGGUGGCGCGAGUCUCAUUGUUGUUACGGCGCCAAAUGCGCAGGUCAUGAGCGGAUUGGUGGGUGGGCUGGGGAGGUUGGGGAAGUUGUUAAUACUUGCGCCUGUCGGUGACGUUCCGUUCGACACGGCGAAGCUGCUAAACAUCGGAGGCUCGGUGCAUGUUUGGCCUGCGGGACACGUGCUGGAUAGCGAAGAGGCGAUUGACUUCGCGGUACGGCAAGGUGUAGAGUGUUUGGUGGAGAGGUUCCCGCUUGAGAAGGCCGAGGAUGCGAUUAAGGCUGUGACGAGCAAUGUCGUGAGGUUUAGGAGCGUGCUUGUGAUGGUGUAG